UCAACGGACAGCAGAAGCAGCACGAAACGGAUCCGUCGCAAGCCAGCACCGACGACUCCGCCGCCACGGCCAACGGCGUCGCCGUCGACGCGACGCCGCCCCAUCUUUCCCCGCGAGCGCCAGCGCGGGGCAGCACAAGGUACAUGGAGUAUGACAUGCUGGAGCACAUACUUGAGGGAAAAGAGAAACCAACGAAUCUACCGUUUGCACUUCUGAAGAAAAUCACAGAUGAUUUCUCCGAAGAGCGAGAAAUUGGCCAGGGUGGAUUCGGAACCGUAUAUAAGGGCGUCCUACGAAAUGGAAAUGUUGCUGUGAAUCGGAUCAUGAGCAAGUACACAAUCGAUGAGAAGCUAUUUUAUCGUGAGGUUAACAGUCUUUUGAAGGUUAACCAUAAAAAUGUAGUCCGGUUUCUUGGCUUCUGCGCUAAUACUGAGCAGGUAGAGAUAAAAAUUGAAGGUAAAAGAGAAUAUAUUUAUGCUGAAAUAAGAGAAAGAUUGCUCUGUUUCGAGUAUAUCAGCAAUGGAAACCUACAAAAUUAUAUUACUGACGAAUUAAGAGGACUUGAAUGGAAUGUACGUUUUCAGAUCAUCAAAGAUAUUUGUGAGGGUCGGAGGGACUAUCCAUUUUUCCAGCAAGGCAGUCCUAAGAGUGUAGAUACAUCUUUCCGAUACUUCAAAGAGAAAGUGCUUAGAAUUUGGAGGAACAAAUUUGUAGCCACAUCGAAGUUUACAUCAGUGGCAAAAUAUAUGCAACAAGUAGAACAAUGCAUAACCAUAUCCCUAAAAUGUGUGGAUCCUGACACGGCGAAAAGACCUACUGCAAAGGAUAUAAUCAAAAUGCUUUAUGCAGCAGACCAGUUUCUUGACAUCCACCCGCUGGAGCUCCAGUUCCCCUUCGAAUCCAACAAGUUGAUGACAUUGCUCACUGCACUUGACAAACAACACGGAUGAAAACGUGGUGUUUAGACUGAUGGAGAAGAGACAUAACUUCUUUUGCCUGCCUCAGUAUGGUGCCGUGCCCCCGAGGUCCACUUACACUCUUGUUGUUACAGCGGAUAAAAAGGAUAACCUUCCAAAAGAAAGAGACACUGAUUUAAUUCUGCAUCACAGUACAAGUGCUAAAUAUAUCAAGCCCUUCCGACGCUUGUAUGAUUGUGACCAAUAUCUUGAGGAAACUGAGGAGUUGGGGAAUGUGGUGCAGAAGUUGACACU